ACCAGUGAACCCACCUCAACAAGUACCACAAAAACCAGUGAACCAACAUCAACAAGUACCACAGAAACCAGUGCAACCACCUCAACAAGUACCACUGAAACCACUGAACCCACCUCAACAAGUAUCACUGAAACCACUGAACCCACUUCAACAAGUACCACAGUAACCAGUGAAACCACCUCAACAUCCACCACAAAAACCAGUACCACAGAAACCAGUGGAAGUACCUCAAAAAGCACCACCAAAACUAGUAAACCCACUUCAACAAUUACCACAAAAACCAGUGAAACCACCUCAACAAGUACCACUGAAACCACUGAACCCACCUCAACAAGCACCACAAAAACCAGUGAACCCACUUCAACAAAUACCACAGAAACCAGUGGAAGUACCUCAACAAGCACCACCAAAACCAGUGAACCCACUUCAACAAGUACCACAGAAACCAGUGCAACCACCUCAACAUCCACCACAGAAACCAGUGAACCCAAUUCAACAAUUACCACAGAAACCAGUGCAAGCAACGCAACAAGUACCACAAAAACCAGUGAAACCACCUCAACAAGUACCACUGAAACCACUGAACCCACCUCAACAAGUAUCACCGAAACCACUGAACCCACCUCAACAAGCACCACAAAAACCAGUGAACCCACUUCAACAAGUACCACAGAAACCAGUGGAAGUACCUCAACAAGCACCACCAAAACCAGUGAACCCACUUCAACAAGUACCACAGUAACCAGUGAAACCACCUCAACAUCCACCACAAAAACCAGUGAAACCACUUCAAUAAGCACCACAGAAACCAGUGCAACCACCACAACAAGUACCACAGAAACCAGUGCAAGUACCACAACAAGCACCACCUCAACAAGUACCACUGAAACCACUGAACCCACCUCAACAAGUAUCACUGAAACCACUGAACCCACCUCAACAAGCACCACAAAAACCAGUGAACCCACUUCAACAAGUACCACAGUAACCAGUGAAACCACCUCAACAUCCACCACAAAAACCACUGAAAUCACUUCAAUAAGCACCACAGAAACCAGUGCAACCACCACAACAAGUACCACAGAAACCAGUGCAAGUACCACAACAGCAACCACCUCAACAAGUACCACAAAAACCAGUGAAACCACCAAAACAAGCACCACAAAAACCAGUGAGCCCACUUCAACAAGUACCACAGAAACCACCACCUCAACAACUACCACAAAAACCAGUGAAACCACCUCAACAGGUACCACUGAAACCACUGAACCCACCUCAACAAGUACCACCAAAACCACUGAACCCACCUCAACAACCACCACAAAAAGCAGUGAACCUACCUCAACAAUUACCACAGAAACCAGUGGAAGUACCUCAACAAGCACCACCAAAACCAGUGAUCCCACUUCAACAAGUACCACAGAAACCAGUACAACCACCUCAACAAGCACCACAAAAACCAGUGAAACCACUUCAACAGGUACCACAGACACCAGUGCAACCACUGCAACAAGCACCACAAAAACCACCACUUCAACAAGUACCACAGACACCAGUGCAACCACCGCAAAAACCAGUGAAACCACCUCAACAGGUACCACAGAAACCCGUGAAACCACUUCAACAAGUACCACCAAAACCAGUGAAUCCACCUCAACAAGCACCACAAAAACCAUAACCAGUGAAACCACCUCAACAUCCACCACAAAAACCAGUGAAACCACUUCAAUAAGCACCACAGAAACCAGUGCAACCACCACAACAAGUACAACAGAAACCAAAACCAGUGCAACCACCUCAACAAGUACCACAAAAACCAGUGAAACCACCUCAACAAGUACCACUGAAACCACUGAACCCACCUCAACAAGUAUCACCGAAACCACUGAACCCACCUCAACAAGCACCACAAAAACCAGUGAACCCACUUCAACAAGUACAACAAAAACCAGUGGAAGUACCUCAACAAGCACCACCGUACCACAGAAAGCACUGAGCCCACCUCAACAAACACCACAAGAAACACAGAUCCCACUUCAACAAGUACCACAGAAACCAGUGGAAGCACCACAACAAGCACGACAGAAACCAGUGAAACCACCUCAACAGGUACAACAGAACCAGUGUGCACACCUCAACAAGCACAAAAACCAUGAACCCACUUCAACAAGUACCACACAAACCAGUGGAAAUACCUCAGCAAGCACCACCAAAACCUGUGAACCCACUUCAAUAAGUACAACAGAAACCAGUGAAAGUACCUCAACAAUCAAAACAGCAACCAGUCAAACCACAUUUGUUACGAGAGAAACCAGUGAACCCACCUCAACAAGUACCACAAAAACCAGUGAACCAACUUCCACAAGUACCACAGAAACCAGUGCAACCACCUCAACAAGUACCACUGAAACCACUGAACCCACCUCAACAAGUAUCACCGAAACCACUGAACCCACCUCAACAAGCUCCACAAAUACCAGUGAACCCACUUCAACAAGUACCACACAAACCAGUGGAAGUACCUCAACAAGCACCACCAAAACCAGUGAACCCACUUUAACAAGUACCACAGUAACCAGUGAAACCACCUCAACAUCCGCCACGAAAACCAGUGAAACCACUUCAAUAAGCACCAUAGAAACCAUUGCAACCACCACAACAAAAACCAGUGAACCCACCUCAACAAGUACCACAAAAACCAGUGAACCAACAUCAACAAGUACCACAGAAACCAGUGCAACCACCUCAACUAGUACCACUGAAACCACUGAACCCACCUCAACAAGUAUCACUGAAACCACUGAACCCACUUCAACAAGUACCACAGUAACCAGUGAAACCACCUCAACAUCCACCACAAAAACCAAAACCAGUGCAACCACCUCAACAAGUACCACAAAAACCAGUGAAACCACCUCAACAAGUACCACUGAAACCACUGAACCCACCUCAACAAGUAUCACCGAAACCACUGAACCCACCUCAACAAGCACCACAAAAACCAGUGAACCCACUUCAACAAGUACAACAAAAACCAGUGGAAGUACAUCAACAAGCACCACCAAAACCAGUGAACCCACUUCAACAAGUACCACAGUAACUAGUGAAACCACCUCAACAUCCACCACAAAAACCAGUGAAACCACUUCAAUAAGCACCACAGAAACCAGUGCAACCACCACAAGUACCACAGAAACCAGUGCAAGUACCACAACAUCAACAAGUACCACAAAAACCAGUGAACCAACUUCAACAAGUACCACAGAAACCAGUGCAACCACCUCAACAAGUACCACUGAAACCACUGAACCCACUACCACUGAAACCACUGAACCCACCUCAACAAGUAUCACCGAAACCACUGAACCCACCUCAACAAGCACAACAAAAACCAGAGAACCGACUUCAACAAGUACCACAUAAACCAGUAUAAGUACCUCAACAAGCACCACCAAAACCAGUGAACCCACUUCAACAAGUACCACAGAAACCAGUGAAACCACCUCAACAAGUACCACUGAAACCACUGAACCCACUUCAACAAGUAUCACUGGAACCACUGAAUCCACCUCAACAAGCACCACAAAAACCAGUGAACCCACUUCAACAAGUACCACAGAAACCAGUGGAAGUACCUCAACAAGCACCACCAAAACCAGUGAACCCACUUCAACAAGUACCACAGAAACCAGUGCAACCACCUCAACAUCCACCACAACAAAAACCAGUGAACCCACUUCAACAAGUACCACAGAAACCAGUGGAAGUACCUCAACAAACACCACAGAAACCAGUGAAGCCACCUCAACAACUACCACAAAAACCAGUGAAACCACCUCAACAGGUACCACUGAAACCACUGAACCCACCUCAACAAGUACCACCAAAACCACUGAACCCACCUCAACAAUCAUCACAAAAAGCAGUGAACCUACCUCAACAAUUACCACAGAAACCAGUGGAAGUACCUCAACAAGCACCACCAAAACCAGUGAUCCCACUUCAACAAGUACCACAGAAACCAGUACAACCACCUCAAAAAGUACCACAAAAACCAGUGAAACCACUUCAACAGGUACCACAGACACCAGUGCAACCACUGCAACAAGCACCACAAAAACCAGUGAACCCACUUCAACAAGUACCACAGAAACCAGUGGAAGUACCUCAACAAGAACCACCAAAACCAGUGAACCCACUUCAACAAGUACCACAGUAACCAGUGAAACCACCUCAACAUCCACCACAAAAACCAGUGAAACCACUUCAAUA